AUGAUCCGGCUUGUGUUGCCCCUUCUGCUGGUGGCGCUUCCAUGGACGGUGUUCGGUGACCCCGACCCCCAGACCCGCAUCAUUGGCGGCUAUUCCGUGGACAUUAAAGAUGCCCCAUAUCAGGCGGCCGUAAUUGUGGAUAGCAGUGCAAUUUGCAGUGGUGCCAUCAUCAGAACAAAUACUAUCCUCACGGCAGCUUCGUGUGUAUAUGAUUACUCCAUUGAUUAUAUUCAAGUGCGUGUGAACACCACGUCCAGAAACUACGAUGGAACUGGAGUUCUGAUGCCAGUCUGCGGGGUCACCAUCCAUCCACAAUACUCCUACUGGCGCUACGACUUCAACCUGGCUCUUCUGAAGUUGUGCGAAGAACUGAAGACCUCGGAAACCGUUCAUCCAAUCACUGUGACCGACCGACUGCCGCCGGAUGACGCCUGGCUGUGGGUCACCGGCUGGGGAUCCACCUCUUGGUGGGGCAGCUGGUUCGACAGGUGCUUCGGCAGUCUGCCACUCCAGCUGCAGCGGGCAUGGGUCAGCGUCUACAAUCGGGAGCAGUGCGCCGAAGAUCGGGCCGUUUGGUUCUAUCUCUGGGAUAAUGGCAUCUCGGGAUACACCCUCUGUACCAACUACGGCGCCGGAGGAUGUUCCUACGACGUGGGAGCACCGCUAGUGAAGGACGGAUAUCUCGUGGGCAUUCUCUCCGACGGCGGCUGCACCACCAAACCCGAUGUCUACGCAAGUGUGAUUUGGUUCCAGAGUUGGAUAGACGCAAAUACGUCCCCUGAUCCAAAGGGUACUACUUCUGGGCCUAGUUUUACAUCUUCUACGACUGUACCUAGUCCUACAUCUUCUAGUUCUAUACCUAGUUCUAGUUCUUCUACUUCCAGUGUAGCAUCUAGUUCUACCAGUACUAGUACUACAGCUAGACCUAUUUCUACUAUUUCUAUCACUACACCUAGUUCUACAAGUACUAGUAUACCUACUACUAGUAAUACACCUAGUUCCAGUCCGACAGAUGCUAGUACUCUUUAAAGUUCUGCUAUAAUCAUAAAGUUUAGUUAUAAUACUAGCCUCGAUGAUGGACACGUAAAGCAACGACAUCCGAUUAGUUUUAAUUUCCAUUUACUUUCCUGACAGCAGGUUUAAAGGUUUUUUAAGGGACCAGAUCCUUUUACCAAGUUUGUUCUAAAAAUAUAAGAUAUAGGUAACUUAUUAACACUCCACAAUAAAGAAGCUGUGACACUCGCUUUUAAAAUCUA